UCUCUGGCGAUGGGUGGAGGUUUGCUUCUGUGUGCAGUUUUAUUGCAGCUGUCAGUGCAAGUAGUGUCAGCAGGAAGCAGCCCUCUGAAGUGUGGCGUCGGCUCCAAGCUGUGCAGAGACGCCUCAGAGUGUGUCCUCUACAGCCAUGUGUGUGACGGAGAGUCUGACUGUAAGGACGACUCUGAUGAGGAGGACUGUGCAUCAGCAUGCAGCGAAGAUGAGUUCCGAUGCGCUCACGGAAAGAGGUGCAUAGAGAAGCAACAGGUGUGUGACGGCGUGCCUCAGUGUCAGGACCGGUCCGAUGAGCUGAGCUGCACCGAGAAGACCGAGGGCUGCGACCACCAGUGUGACGGUCAGAGCCGCUGCCUGCCGGGGACGUUCCUCUGCGACGGGGAAAAGGACUGCAUGGACGGCACCGACGAGGACAACUGUGCCUCCUCCGACCCCUCGAUCCCCAUCAAGUGUGCUCUGGGCUCCAGACCCUGCAGGGACCUGAAGGAGUGUGUGCUCUAUAACCACGUGUGUGACGGAGAGGCAGACUGCUCCGACGGCUCUGAUGAGGAAGAGUGUUCAUCUGAAUGUGAAGCAGACCAGUUCCAGUGUGCUCAUGGGAGGAAGUGCAUCCCUCAGAGUCAGGUGUGUGACGGUGCAUCUCAGUGUCAGGACCGGUCCGAUGAGCUGAGCUGCACCCAUCUGAGGGACGGCUGCAAACACCAGUGUGACGACAACAGCCGCUGCGUGCCCAGCAGCUUCCUGUGUGACGGAGAGAGGGACUGCCUGGACAACAGCGAUGAGGCCAACUGUGUGGAUGCAGGCUGCAGUCCCACAGAUUUUAAAUGCACCAGCGGUCAGUGUGUGUCGGCUAAGAUGUUGUGUGAUGGACACCCGGACUGCAGGGACCGAUCGGAUGAAGAGAGCUGCACCAACUCCCCCGUCUGCAUCACCAACCAUCGCUGCCCCCACAGCAAGGAGUGCCUGGUGCAGGAGUGGAUCUGCGACGGAGACCGAGACUGCAAUGACGGCUCCGACGAGAAGGACUGUCCGGUGUCUCCGGUGACCUGUGGGGAGUUUCAGUGGUCAUGUAAAUCCAAGACAAAGUGCAUCCCUCCGUCCUGGAGGUGCGAUGGCAUGAAGGACUGCGACGAUGGCAGCGACGAGACCGAAUGUGAGGUGUUGUGCCCCCCCCACCAGUUCCACUGUGGCAGUCAGGAGUGUCUGGACCCCGCUCUGGUGUGUAACAGCGUCACUAACUGUGCCGACGGCUCAGACGAAGGGGGCAUCUGCAGCGCGCUCUGCACAGACACACAGCACUGCUCCCAGAUCUGCUUCAGCACGCCGCAGGGGCCGCGCUGUGGCUGCUCGGCGGGUUUCAGGCUCCUGCAGGACGGCCUGAGCUGCUCUGAUGUGGACGAGUGUGAGUCCAAAAGCUCGCCUGUCUGCAGCCAGCUGUGCAUCAACACUGCAGGAUCCUACACGUGUGACUGUCAGCCGGGAUACCUCAUGGAGGCCGGAGGACACAACUGCAAGAUCACCAGUGAGCCCUUCCUGUUGGCCUCGGUGCACACGGACCUCUUCCUGUACGGUCUGCGCAACGGCGGACUUGGUGUCUUGUCCUCGCCCGCCAAGAAGGCCAUCCUGUCUCUGGACUACGACUGGAGACUGCAGAGGGUCCUCUGGGUCAGCCUGGACACAGAGGCUAUCCGGUGGUCCUCCCUGGACCAGAAGACCAGCGGGACCCUCAUUAAAGGGGUCCGGGCUGACUCUGUGGCGGUGGACUGGCUCGGCAGGAACCUGUACUGGAUCGACGGAGUGAACGGUCAGAUCGCUGCCGUCCGACUGAGCUCCGACACGGUGAAGUCCUCGGACCACAGCGUGAUCCUCGACGAAGACCUGGACCUGCCGCGCUCCCUGGCUCUGCUGCCACAGAAAGGGCUGAUGUUCUGGACGGAGAUAGGUAACGCGGUGAAGAUCGAGUGCUCUGGGAUGGACGGCUCUGAGCGGCGGGUCGUGGUGAACUCCAGUCUGGGCUGGCCGGGCGGCGUGGCUCUGGACCCGAUCUCUGAGAGGGUCUACUGGACCGACGAGAGGCUGAGGGCCAUCGGCUCCGCUACUCUGGACGGAGACGACAUCCGGAUUCUGCAGAUGAUGGAGACCACCAACCCGUUCUCCCUGGCUGUUUUCAACGACAUGCUGUACUGGUCUGACGCCAAGAAGAGAGUCGUGGUCGCUGCUCGUAAAAACUCAGGGAAGAACCGAGAAGUCCUCCUGAAGAGACUCAGACAACCCUUCGGAGUGAAGAUCAUCCACCCGUUGCUGCAGACGGGCUUUGAGAGUCCCUGUGAAAACAUCACCUGUUCCCACCUGUGUGUCUUGGCGCCGGGGCCCAAAGCUGUGUGCAAAUGUCCCGCUGGUUUCCUAUUGGCUGAGGACGGCCUGACCUGCUCCAGCCUCGUCAACUCUGACUUCCUGCUGAUGCUGUCUCCCUCCACCGUCACACAGAUCUACCUGCAGUCCCGACACUCAGCAGCAGCAGCAGACCUGAAGGGCUGGCCUGAACACAUUGCCCUGCAGGUGCCCAGUGUCAACGAGGCGGCCAUAUUGGACUACAGCCUCCGAGACGACACUCUGUUCCUGACGGACGAUGCCACGACUUCCCUCAGCUCCUUCAAACUCAAGGACUCUGACUUGUCCUCAGAGGGCGUGUUCCUGAAACUCCUGGGCAACACCAUCACUGCCAUGGCUCUGGACUGGGUCACAGGGAACGUUUUCUGGAGCAGUAACAAGCAACCCCGCCUGCAGGUCACCAGCGGCACCGGGGCCCACACUGCAGUCCUGGUAAAGGAAGGCAUUGGGCGGGUGGGGUCCAUCGCCCUGCAUCCUCCCAGUGGAAAGGUCUGCUUCGCCAACCUGGGCCUGCAGGGCAGCGGCACAGAGGCCAGGGUGGAGUGCUGCCACAUGGACGGGGCUCGGAGGAAAGUAGUGUGGAAAGACGGCGAGCAGCCCACGUCUCUGGUGUUCUCCAGCAACGGGGAUACCAUCUACUGGGCCGACACCGGUUUUGGGACCGUCGGCGCGGCCCGGCUCGAUGGCUCUGGGUAUAAAGAGCUGAAGACGGGUACUGGGCUGACCGCUGUGACUCUGAGUGACGACACACUGCUCUGGAUGACUCUCAGCGACAAGACCCGGCUCUGGUACAGAGAUGAGCAGCAAGAAACGAACAAGCUGUGGUUUGAAGUCAGCACAGAAGUGGUCGGCUUAAAGGCGUUCAGCAAGUCCAGUCAGACGGGCUCAAACAAAUGCUCCGGAAACAACGGACACUGCCAGCAGCUAUGCCUCGCCACCCCGGGGGGUCGGACCUGCAGUUGCGCUCAUGAUCACGUGCUCUUGAACGCCACUCACUGCAGCCCGGAGCAGCGAUGCCCCAACGGCAGCCGGUCCUGCCUGGAUCAGCUCUCCUGCCAGCCUGUGGGGAAGUUCUGCAACGGGCAUCUGGACUGCCACGACCACUCGGACGAGAACUGUGUCGGUCUGAAGCAGCUGUCCGGAGCAGAGGUCUUCUCUUCUCCCACCGAGCCCGGCAGCGCCGCUCCCCCUCAUCCCUCCCCUCUGUCUCCCCGCUCUGAAGACCUGAACUCCACCCUGGAUGAAGACGUCCAGCUCGGGAACCUGGACGCCCUGCAGUGCAGCCAGAGUCGCUGCAGCGGCAACGGACGCUGCGUGGAGACCGGCGGAGAAACGGUAUGCGUUUGUUCGCCGAUCUACGGCGGAGACGCCUGUCAGGACAAUCUGCUGAAGGCCAUGCAGGGGCCCCUCUUCUACGGCGCCGCGGGGAUCUGUGCCGGAGUUGUGGUCAUUGCUGUGAUGGCAGUGGUGGUGAAGAGGAAGAAGAGUGGCAAUGCCAGGAGAGCGACCCCAGCAACGACGAGGGAAACCAUCAUGACGGACCUGGAGAAGAAACCUGAAACCACCCAGAGUGCCCCUGCAGACAAAAACAAACCAGAGGUUAAGAAGCUCCAUAACAUUAUCAAACCCCCAGCUGAUGCUCCUGAGGGACGGCCGUCUGACUUUUUUUAAUGUCUCUUUCUUCGCAGGAAGCGGGGCCUUCUGUGGACUGAGGUUGAUGCGUUUUAAAUAAACUGUCUGCAUUUUC